CGUUUCCUUUCCCUCCUCUCGCUGCCGUCCUCGGACUACGAGUGAGCCGCUGUUGUUGUCAGUACAUUUCGUCGCCCGCCGUGGGAGACAGGAAGCGCGAACGUAGUCCGUUGGGCGCGCGGUCCUCGGAACCCAAAGGAAAGCGGUGCGAGCCACGAAACGCAGAGCCGUCGGCUGGUCUGCUUUAGUAGCUUGGGUUGGUGCCUCUUAGCUGAAGAGGCCGGUCUGCAGACCUCUACCGGUGUGGUUGUGGAGGGCGAACGCUGAAGAGGAACUGCCGCUUUCCAUGCAGGGAGCGGCGGGCGGGAAGUCGAGGCCGCGACAGAAGGAAGGGCUGCCGCCGUCACCAGUACCGAGAGAAAUAACAGUGGAAGAAUGUGAAACUGGUCUUGGAACUGGAUAUGGAAAUAUCAGCAGAUGAAUCUUCUAAAAACAUGAAGAAAAGUUGGAAUUUGAUGUUCAAAGCAUAACUAAGAUGUUACCUUUGAAAAGGGCACUGCCAAGGUGCAUUUGGCAGCGAAGAUGAGUUGUGCAUCCAUUUCAAAAACCCUUAUAUGAAAAGACACAAGUUUCUGAAAGUGUUGGCAUUACUACUUGGAGCAGAAUGGCAGGUUUUAAACGAGGAUAUGAUGGAAAAAUUGCUGGAUUGUAUGAUUUGGAUAAAACCCUAGGCAGAGGGCAUUUUGCUGUGGUGAAGCUUGCCCGACAUGUAUUUACAGGUGAAAAAGUGGCAGUGAAAGUAAUUGACAAGACCAAGCUAGAUACUCUAGCCACAGGACACCUUUUCCAAGAAGUCAGAUGCAUGAAACUAGUGCAACAUCCCAAUAUUGUUCGCCUGUAUGAAGUUAUUGACACCCAGACCAAACUUUAUCUGAUCUUAGAACUUGGUGAUGGAGGAGAUAUGUUUGAUUACAUCAUGAAGCAUGAAGAAGGUCUUAAUGAAGAUCUGGCAAAGAAGUAUUUUGCUCAGAUUGUUCAUGCUAUAUCCUACUGCCAUAAACUGCAUGUCGUUCACAGAGACUUAAAACCAGAAAAUGUUGUUUUCUUUGAAAAACAGGGACUUGUGAAAUUGACUGAUUUUGGAUUUAGCAACAAAUUUCAGCCUGGAAAAAAACUCACAACAAGUUGUGGAUCUCUUGCAUAUUCUGCUCCUGAAAUUCUACUUGGAGAUGAGUAUGAUGCACCUGCAGUAGAUAUAUGGAGCCUGGGAGUUAUUCUUUACAUGUUGGUAUGUGGACAACCACCUUUUCAAGAAGCAAAUGAUAGUGAAACUUUGACCAUGAUAAUGGAUUGUAAAUACACAGUACCAUCUCGGGUGUCCAAAGAAUGUAAAGAUUUAAUUACACGAAUGUUGCAAAGAGACCCCAAACGAAGGGCAUCUUUGGAAGAAAUUGAAAAUCACCCUUGGCUACAAGGAGUUGAUCCAUCACCUGCAACAAAAUACAAUAUUCCUUUGGUUUCAUAUAAAAAUCUUUCAGAGGAAGAGCACAAUAGCAUCAUACAGCGCAUGGUUCUUGGAGACAUUGCAGAUCGAGAUACUAUUGUAGAGUAAGUAACAUUUUAUACA